UGCCGCCCAGGCCCAGCAGCCCCAAGACCGCGACCCCGUCGCCUUGGCAACUAGAGGGACGCUUUCUCCUUAGCAACCAGCGCGGCUCCCGAGAUGACUGAAGAAGAGGAAGUUGUUGCCCGGACGGAGAAAGUUAUGCGGAUCCAGAGGGUGUUUAUAAACCUUCUGGACUCAUACAGCAGCAGAAACAUCGGGAAGUUUCUCUCAAACUGUGUAGUCGGAGCUUCACUUGAAGAAAUUACAGAAGAAGAGGAGGAGGAAGAUGAAAAUAAGUCGAUGAUGCCGGAAGCCUCCUCACCCAGACUGAAGGAAGGCACGUUCCAGGUGGUGGGCACGCUUUCCACGCCGCCCAGAGAACCUGAGCCUGACUUUGCCGUGGAGACCUACAGAGCCAUCUCUCGAGAAGACCUUCUCAUGCGACUGCUGGAGUGUGACAUUAUUAUUUAUAACAUCAGCGAGAACCCUCAGCAAGUGGAGGAAGCCAUCUGGGCAGUCUCUGCACUGAAUGAAGAAGUCAGCCAUAUCGAGAAGCGGAAGAUGUUUAUUUUAAUUUCGACGGUGAUGACCUGGGCGCGUUCCAAAUCCCUGGACCCCGAUGAUUCUGAGAUUCCAUUUACUGAAGAGGAUUAUCGAAGAAGAAAGCACCACCCUAAUUUUCUGGACCACAUAAAUGCUGAAAAAAUGGUUCUCAAAUUAGGAAAAAAUAUCAAAAAAUUGGUGACUUACGUGGUCGCUGCUGGACUUCAGUAUGGAAUGGAAGGAGGUAUCUUACAUUCUUUUUUUAAGUUGGCUUGGUUGGGUGAUGUCCCUGCAUUACCAGUUUUUGGAGAUGGAAUGAAUAUCAUUCCAGCAAUUCAUGUUCUUGAUCUAGCAGGAGUGAUACAAAACAUCAUCGACCACAUGCCGAAGCAUCAUUACCUGGUUGCUGUGGAUGAGUCUAUCCACACCCUGGAAGACUUAGUCAAGUGCAUCAGUAAACAUACCGGCCCUGGGAAAAUCCAGAAAGUACCCAGAGAAAAUGCUUUCCUAACCAAGGACUUAACACAAGAGAGUAUUGACCAUUUACUGGUCAACUUGAGAAUGGAGGCACUCUUUGUGAAGGAGAAUUUUAACAUCCGAUGGGUGGCCCAAGCAGGAUUUGUGGAAAGCAUCAACAGCAUCCUCAAAGAGUACAAGCAAAGCAGAGGAUUAUUGCCCAUCAAGAUUUGCAUUCUCGGCCCUCCUGCUGUGGGGAAGUCCAGUAUCGCUGAGGUAUUGUCCAAGUACUACAAACUGCAUCACAUUAAACUGAAGGACGUCAUUUCCGAAGCCAUAGCAAAACUGGAGGCGAUUGUGGCACCAAAGUACGGAGGAGAAGGAGAAGAAGAAGGUGAAGAGGAAGAAGAAGAGGAAAACGUGGAAGAUGCCCAAGAGCUCUUGGACGGCAUCAAGGAGAGCAUGGAGCAGAACGCAGGCCGACUGGAAGAUCAAUAUAUAAUUAGGUUUAUAAAAGAAAAGCUAAAAUCUAUGCCUUGCCGGAAUCAAGGCUACAUUUUGGAUGGAUUCCCAAAGACCUAUGAUCAGGCCAAAGACCUGUUCAACCAAGAUGAAGAGGAGGAAGAAGAAGUCAGAGGCAAAAUGUUUCCCUUUGAUAAAGUGAUCAUACCUGAAUUCGUCUGUGCGCUGGAUGCCUCGGAUGAGUUCCUGAAGGACCGGGUGAUGAACCUUCCGGAGAGCUUUGUGGCGGGGACCCACUACAGCCAGGACCGGUUCCUCCGCGCUCUGAGCAACUACCGGGACAUCAACACCGAAGACGAGACUGUCUUCAAUUAUUUUGAUGAACUUGAAAUCCACCCGAUUCAUAUUGAUGUAGGAAAACUCGAAGAUGCUCAGAACAGACUUGCCACCACGCGGCUCAUCAAAGAGAUUGGGAAACCUCGAAAUUAUGGUCUGACGGAUGAGGAAAAGGUAGAGGAGGAGCGGAGGGCUGCCGAGGAGCACAUAGCCAAGGAGGCUAUGCAGGAAGCCGAACGGGAGCACAAGGAAGCCAUGGAGAUGGCAGAGAAGAUCGCCCGCUGGGAGGAGUGGAAUAAACGACUAGAGGAAGUGAAGAGAGAAGAAACAGAAUUACUGGAGGCCCAGUCUAUUCCCCUGAGAAACUAUUUAAUGACCUAUGUUAUGCCAACACUUAUGCAGGGUCUGAAUGAGUGCUGUAAGGUCAGACCAGAGGAUCCUGUUGAUUUUCUGGCAGAAUAUCUCUUCAAGAAUAAUCCUGAAACGCAAUGAAACUUUAAAGAACUCGUGUCCUACACCUUUACAGAGCUCGAGAUGAGUUUAACGUUGUAAUCUGAAAAAUUGCUUUAAAAAAUUCUUUUCCAGUUUUUGAAAAAAAUUUUGCCCUGCAAACAUAUUUUAUUAAGUAGAAUCAUUAUAAAAAGCUG